AAUGUAAGAUUCAAAGCAAUAAAGUGGAGAUCUUUCAAAAUAAUAAGUUAGUGGAAACUUAUUAUCAGAAGGUUCAAAUUCAGAAUAAUUCUUAAUUACACGUUCUUAUUAAAACUCCAAAUAAAACAGCGAAAAUUUUCCUUAGAAUAAGCAUGUAUCUGAUUAAUCAAAAAGUUAUAAACUAAUGGAUCUGAGAGUAACUAUCAACUCAAAACUUGAAAAGGCAGAUGAAUAAGCACUAAAAAAUUUCAUUGAAAGUUUUUAAUAUCCUUAAAAUUACACAAUAGGAGCAGUAUUCAAUAAUUUAAUCUAUAUAGUUCCUUUCAAAUUUAAAUUAUCAUCUAUAAUCUAAUGAGAAAAUUUAAGAUUAUAAUGUAUUAAUAUAAACUAAUCAUCUAAAUGAUUUUUAACCAGAUACAAAUACUUAGCUAAAGGAUCUUACGAAAUCUAAAAUUAAAUAGUAUUUUGCAAAUGUAAGAAUUUUAUAGAAUUUAGAAAGAUAAUGUGUUUGAAAGCCCUAAAAUUAAAGAAUUCUUAAAAUAAUAAUUUGAAGAUAUUUUCCCUAAUAAGAAAGUUGCUUAAACGGAUUACAUCAGUUUAACAAUUAAUUUGGUGCUCUUUGAAGAAGAAAAUAAUGCAUGA